AUGCCAGGAUAUACUAUAAAUUUGUUGGAUUUCGAGCUUGUCUUCGAAUACACCACCGCAGAGCCCAAGAUUCAUCUGUACGUCAAGCGUUUCAGCAUCGCAUGGGAUAAAAGCAGGCUUAGGAGGCCGCCACAGGGCAAGAAAAUCAGAAACAAACGUGAGGUGUAUGCUUUGAUGCGAUCUGCCCUUCAGAUGGCCAAAUCUCGAGAGACUGCCACCACAGAUAGUUCGGGAAAUGGGAGCCACUCCGAUGAGUCGAUCAAGUCUCAGGACGGCGAAACAGAUGAAAUCAACGACUCUCAAAACCAGUUAAUGUCCCAGAUGCCCCCAAAGCAGCCGGUAGAACUCUUUGCUAGUGCUUUUGCCUCUGCAAAGACGCUGUUGGGUUCCUUGAAACCCUCUGCCAGGCCGUCGCAAGACUCACAACAAAAGAAAGACAAUGAUACGGAUAUUGUCGCCUCAGGAAGGGAUCAUCAUGCUCUUGACGAAGCAACCAAAGAGCCUAAUAUCAAUCGUUGCGCCGCGCAUAUCGAUGAGUUGUCCGCAGGUCCCUCGGUUGUUGGCCCUCGUCAGAACGGCAAUGCAACCGUCAGGGAAUCUGAUCAAACUGAUACCGACACGGCUGGUGAAGUACCAGCCAAGACCAGAAGCGGCAAAGGGCCUUCCGAUACUAAGACCCAGGAGAGAACCUUGACAGAUUAUAACAAAGAGCCAGACCACGCAGUGAAUAUUGGGACAGUCUCAAAAGAGAUUGUCCAGAAAAAUCAUUUGGAACAAGUUGAUCCAGCUGUGGAGACUAUUCUAACAGAAGUUGAUAACAGCAACGCAGACCCUUGGGAUGGUAUGACAGAGAUUCGAACAGAAGACAUUGCUAUACCCAAGGAUCAGGCAAACCUGUUAGACGAGCAGGCCAAGCUUUGCUGGUUACCGCCAGCCCCUGGCCAGGGUUAUCCACAGCCCAAUGUGCCCCCUUUGCUCCUACAGCAAUGGAAUGAAAUCGCGUUGCAAAGAAGUAUUCGGGCGGAAGAACGUAAGAUCAAGGAGUUGGAGACCUUGGAACUCCAGGGAUCCCGUCCGAGCUCUUCGGAUGCUAGCAGCUCCACUGACUCCGCCUAUGAGACCCCGAGCGGCGAUCGGAUCGAAUGGUCUCAGUCUCCUCCCCGAGGUCGGGACCUACCUGUGGACAGUAGCCCGCCCGAGGCAAGACCGGUAGAACGGCCUAUUGUGUAUAAAGGCAACGGAGGAAAUGGUCCGUCGAAUCAGCCAUUCCGUGAUGCGGAAGAGGAACAGCGGGCAAGUGUUCAUCACGAAAUAUCGCAUGAACAGGAGGAGCUUGAAAUUUCGCCAGAAGGUGCAGGAGAGUCCCACAAUUCUGUUGCACUCCCAACCGAAUUACGUGUACAAACAAGCGGGGAGCCUUUUCCUCAACUGGACGACGGUGAUGAUCGAAAUCACCUGCAAGAACCCCAGGUUGAGCUUGACCGGAUGAGUGAGGACUCGGUAAUGGAUACGUCUGUCCCUCGUCCGCUGGGGAUAGACCCAAGUCAAUCAGAGCAACAACUUGGCAGCUCAGAUCCAUCGCUUCCAGCUCUGUCCACUCAGGCGCAAGUGCAGGUCAUGGAAACUCCUGCUGCACAUCUUGUUCGAUUCCACCAGCUUACUCAAAGCACAGGCGAUGCAAGCCAGGAGUCGCAACAGUCAGGACAGUCAUCGUCCCCGGCCGCAAAAUCGUCUUCUCAAUCACGAAUUUGCAACACCUAUCGUAGCAAUUAUGAGGCGAAGGAUCACACUUCUCAGGAGAUGUCCAAUUCAACGCAAGCGCAUGGGACUGCGGAAUCCAGUGAAGUCAAUAUAAUGGAAACUCAGCUCAGCGGUGGGGAGUGGUCAUUUCCAGGCACGACUUCCCCGAAUUCUGCUCAACUGUCGAACUCCUGUGGCCCAAAGGACCGUGAGCCGAGCGUAUUCAUCACUGCAUCCCCGGGUCACGUAGAAGACUCAUCGAAUCCGUUUUCGUCAUAUCGAGAGGCUCACUCUUCUAUGCAGACUGACGAUGGAAAUGCAACAUCAACCGGCUAUCCCAGCCUCACUCAAGUCACGCCUACUGAUUAUCGAGUGCCUGAGUUGAAACGACGCGUGUCUGAAAUUGACAUGGAGCAGACUUCUCCUGCGAAAAGACCAAAGGUGGCGUGCAGCGAAGACGGUGACUCUGUCCAAGAGCUUGCGUUCAGCGUGAUUUCUCGCCGAGAAACCUACAUCAACCGCUCCGCGGAGCACGCCGAGGCACAGAAAGUCUACGAGAAGUUCCGGAGUGACUACCUCGACUACGAUGGCGACUUCAACCAUUUCGCGAUGUUGUGUUCCAAACUACAGGCACUGCGAGCCAAAGGACAAUUUCAAAGGUCGUUCCUCUGGGAUGACUUUGUUAUCAUGCACCUGAAGGAAUAUAAACGUUACAUCAAUGAAAUCGCGGCAGCCGACCUCAAGACAAUGGAGUACGAAAAUUUCUUCGCCUCCUAUAUAUUGAAGCCGUCGUACAAAAAACGCAGUCUCACAGCGAAGGGGAUUGAAAUAUCUGCUGCGCAGCAUGAACCUUCGAGGGCCGCCGGCGUCCCAGUGAUCCCGCAGCGUGAAACAAACACUUCAUUCACCGGCAGUCUUGUAGACAGACUUUCCAAUUUCCACACGCGCUCGUUAGGACCUGAGUCUCCAGCCUCACAGUCUGCAACCACGGUUGACCAACUAUCUUGGAGCACGUCGCCAGCUUCUCUUAGAGAGCCAAUUCGCGACUCAUUCGCAAACAGCCGGCGCAUGGCUAAGGAAACCCUUGAGAUGGAACUGUCACCUACCAAAGUCACCCGUUCACACGAUCCUGUCCCUAACUCACCGUCCGAAGCGGUGGCUUAUCGGCUGGAGCGACCCACGUCUCGGCAUCGUGACACAAUACAAAAAGGUAACCGCAUGGUCGACAAGGAGGAAGCACAUGAUACGGAGGUGACGCCUAAAGUCACCCGUUCAGAUCACGUCCAUGAUAUUUCGAACCAAACAGACCUUUCAUCAGCUAGAGAAUCUCUGGAACCGCAGGUAACUACUGGGGUUCCUUCGUUUAGUGUCAACCGCGCAGAUGACGACGCGCGUAGCAUUCCCGAAACUAUCGCCAGCAAUGACGAAGGCGAGCAGGGCUCAGCGGACGAAACUCCCAAGAUUGCUAGCGUCGAACUCGGCGAAGACAGAUGUUCUACCGCUCCAGCGGCAGAUGAGUCCGACGCUGAGUCCGACGCAGUAAGCGAGGCCGACAGUUUUGACGAAGACUGGGUCGGGUGGCACUGCCGCCGACUUCAAAGCACAGGGCCAUUUUGGUCCGACGAUCCCAACACGCCAUUCAAGGUGUUGGCCCGAGCGGAUGCGAAUGUGAGGUCCGAGCUACUGCGCCGUGGGAUGGCCCGUUUCCCUGUCGACGAGAGAGGAGUCAUCCAACCACUAGUUGACUAUCCGCCAAUGGUUUCUUUGCGCGAUUUGCUGGACCGACAUCCUCCAAGUCCCGCGCGUCCCUCAGAUGAACCGGAAGGCUGA